UAACGGGCUAGAGUUUGGGUUCCCCCUUUUUCCGUCGGUCAUCAUCAUCGCGAUCGUUGCCGUCGUCAUUGCUGGAGCGCGCCGCCGACUCGCCGAGGUCCGGUAUCGUGCGAACGUUUCAUUCAGUGUGAUCGUAUCCACCCUACCGGUUGCUCGUCGCUUCGAGCUCGUGCGUACUGCGCACCGUAUCUAGUGGUUUGAGACUACCCACGCGGGGUGUUGCUGUCGGUAGACGUCGUGGAGGAACUCCGUAAACAGUGUAGAUGUUGAUCAGUUUUUGUUCUCCAGAAGUGUCCGUACGCAGUUUUUGUUUUUGAGUAAAGAGUCACUAGCAAUACAACGAUUACACAACAUCAGCAAUCAAGUUUUAAGGCGGAUUUUGGUGACAGAAGCAUAGCGAAUUGUUCUUUUUACCUGAGAUCGAACUUUGCACCACCAUGCACACGUUCUCCAAUCAUCCGAUCGGGUUGCUCCCGAUGGAGCAGAACUAUGACCCGAGCAAACCUACCAUUGCGGAGUUCUUUACCGGCCGGGACAUCUUUGUCACCGGUGGUACGGGCUUCAUGGGGAAGGUUCUAAUCGAGAAGCUGUUGCGGUCCUGUUCCGAGCUCAACAAUAUCUACGUUCUGAUUCGCGAGAAAAAACAGAAAACUGUCCACGAACGUAUCCAGGAGAUGCAACAGCUGCCGUUGUUCGACAAACUGCGUGCGGAGCAACCGGAACUGUUGAACAAGAUGGUCCCGGUGCAGGGUGAUGUUUCGCUGCUAGGGCUUGGCCUCUCCCAGGAUGAUAUCGAGAAGAUGCGCAACGUAUCGGUUAUCUUUCACGUGGCUGCUAGCGUACGGUUUGAUGAUCCGCUCAAGACGGCCAUACUGCUGAACACGCGCGGCACACGUGAGCUGGUCCAGUUCGCUGAAAAGUUGCCAUCGCUUCGGGUGCUAAUGCACGUGUCUUCCACGUACUCGAAUCCAGACCGUUACGUGAUUGAAGAAGAGGUCUAUCCAGCGUACGCUGACUGGCGUGACACGAUACGCAUUGCGGAAACGUUCGACGAGCAGACGCUCGAUGUGCUCGCGCCGAAGUAUAUGGGUUUCCUGCCGAACACGUACGUGUUCACCAAGAGUCUUGCGGAGCAGAUCGUCAACGAGCACAAGGAGCGGCUGCCGAUGAUACUGUUCCGGCCGUCGAUUGUCAUCUCGUCGAUGAAGGACCCCAUACCGGGGUGGAUGGAUAACUUCAAUGGGCCGGUUGGGUUGCUGGUUGGCUGCGGCAUUGGCAUAUGUCGUACCAUGUACUGCGAUCCCAACAACAUAGCCGACUUUACGCCGGUCGAUGUGUGCAUCAAGGCGAUGAUCGUUGCCGCCUGGAAGCGUGGCACCGAACCUGUGCACAGUACCACCAAGCAAGACCUGCCGAUAUACAACUGCUGUAUCUCGAACCUGAGAAACUCGACCAUGUCACAGAUCGUAGAGAUGGGACGCACCUUAUCCGACGAGAUACCGCUGGACAAGUGUAUUUGGGCCCCUGGCGGUGGUAUUACACAAAUUCGUAUUCACAACCUGAUACGUGUACUGCUGUACCAUAUAUUGCCCGCCAUUUUAAUUGAUGGAAUAUUCCGUCUGAUGGGCCAAAAGCCAUUCUUGGCAAAACUGCAGCGGAAAAUCUACACGGCCAACGUCGCACUGGAGUACUUCAUACUGAACAACUGGGACUUUAAAAAUGGCAACUUUAUAAAGCUAGCGUCGGAAAUCAAACCGGAGGACAACAAAGACUUUUACUAUCGGGAUUUCAUCGAGUUCGAUGUAACGCUGUACUUCCGUAACUGCAUACUCGGGGCGCGCCGGUACCUGCUCAAGGAGAAGGACGAGAAUAUUCCGCGUGCGCUCACGCAUCUCAAGCGGAUGAAGUUGCUGGACAAAAUUUGCAAAACCAUCAUUGUGGCCGUCUUCCUGUACAUCAUUCUCAUACAGUUUGACAUGCUCGGCAUGAUACUGUACGUGAUUUCGUACAAACCGUCGUACACCUUAGCUGCCGACUGUAAAUGAAUGCCAGAGGUAAAGGCCUUACGUUUUAGCAGCAUCUGCUAAGACACGGUUUGCAUUGGGAAGAGAGGAAGAAAAAAAGCGUAGGGUGUUUAAUUAUCUAUGCCGGGUGCUGUGGUCAGUAAAGUAAAUGGUGUGUUAGCUUAUGUGUUAAGAAAAACGAUUCCCCCUAGUGACCAGAAAUUUAAUUAGUAAUGGUUAGUGAAAAAGGUGCCACUCUUUUGCCUUUUUUUGUUCGUUUUUUGGAAAUAAAAUGGGUUUCGAAUGGUACUGGAAACAAAAUGUAGCUUAACAAACAA